AUGACUGCAUCCACGGAAGAGACGAGCCCAGCCGAAGGGCACGACGAGAAGCCCCCUUCCCCGGCCGAGAUCGAGACCAUCUCACAGGCAGUCAAAGAAGCUUCAACUGCAGCAGAGCAGGACGAGCAAGAUCAGGCCCAGGUCGAGGAGCAGGAGAAGGAGGAAAGGGACGAUCAGGGCGCUUACUACUGGGAUGCGUCGACGAUGGCCCCGCUCAACACAUCAUCGGCGCCCAACUCCCUUUUUGCCCACACAGAUAUACCAAAGAGCAAGAUGAACAGGAUACUUAUGCGAAGCAAGGCCGCGAUAGCACGCCUGCGCGCCUACAAGCCGCCCGAGUUCCCGGUGUGGGACAAGCUGCAUGUCAGUCGGAGGGCGGCCGUCCUCAUCCUGCUGUAUGCGGAUCGACGCGGCGACUUGCGCGUGGUGGUUACGAUGCGCGCGGCGAGUCUGCGCAGCUUCUCCGGUCAUGCGGCGUUUCCGGGCGGAAAGGCAGAUACUGCAGAAGAAACACCUUAUCAAAUAGCACGUCGUGAAGCAUGGGAAGAAAUUGGGCUUCCAAUGGACGACUCGAAGAUACCAAAACCCUUCCGCAUUGAACACCUCUGCUACCUUCCCUGCAGUCUCGCCCGAACCGAGCUUGUUGUUCGGCCAUGUGUGGCACUGCUACAUUCCGACGACUCCCCUACAUCGAAGACACCGGCACCGACAGUCGAGGAAACACUAAUACCACGGCUCGAUGCGAAGGAGGUGGCUGCUGUGUUCAGCGCGCCGUUUCACAACUUCCUAAAAGCCACGGACGAGCUGCUGCCGGGACAAGACCCCAAGGAGCUCCCGCCAGGCGAGUGGUACGAGGGGAGCUGGACAAAGUGGCACAACGAGCCAUGGCGGCUGCAUUACUUCCACGUACCGGUGAACAACCAGAAGGUCACUAAGCCGAAGGUGCGGGAGGGCGGUCUAGCUGCCAUUGCGGAACAGCUCGAAGAGGAGGAGCAAGAAGUCGGGCGGUACAUGGUCUGGGGCAUGACGGGUCGCAUGCUGGUGGAUGCGGCACGGGUGGCAUACGACGAGGAGCCGGAGAUGGAGCAUAACAGCCACUAUGGCGACGAGAGCAUGAUCAUUGGGCUAGACAAGAAGGGGAAGCUCGGGGCUAAGAAAAGAACGGCGCCUCCUGAGGUGAAGCAGGGGGACUCGAAGAGGACGAAAGAUGCGAGCAAGAUGUAA